AAUGUUGGUUUUUGCCUAAAUAAAUCCUCUGUAGCCCUAAAUUCUUUCUUCUUCGAAACCCCUAAGUCCUCCAACCAUUCUGGCAUUUGCUUCCAUGUUUCCGACUACUCAAUUUUCAGAAACCAAAUGAUUCCAGAAAACGAGAAAGCAAUCGACGAUGCUUGCAGGUCAAUCUCCGAACCCUUGAUUCCUCCUUCUUCGACCCCUAAAUCCUCUGCAACUCUUGAGUAUUUCUUCUCUGAACCCUUGAUUCCUUCUUCUUAGACCCCUUAAAUCCUGUUCUGCCGUGACGUAAACCUCUUGUUCACAACACCUCAAUUCAUAUGCAUCUGGGUAAUACAUGUAAACAUGUAUGGAUGUGUCUUUGUGUGUUUUAGAGGAAAUGGCUUGUGGAUUUGCGGUUUUGAAGUGGCUGAAUCUAAAUAUUGGGUCUGUUAAGGGGUGUUUUCUACUGGGGUUGUGUAGAGUUUGUUAUUUUUUUCUUGGGUUGGUCUGGUCUAUGUUUCUUCCUUGGAGAAAUUAAGGGGGAGAUAAAAAUGGGAUUUUUGGUUGGCUUGAUUUUUUUUUUUCUUGUUUGUUUUUGCUCAGGUUGUUUGAGCUCAGUUUGUUUACUUGUGUUUCAAUCGAUGAAAGAUCUUUGAUUGGAAACUGCAUUUCCUUGGCAAACUAAUUGAGACACCUUUGAAUUUAAUUGGAAAUUUGGCUUCUUCUCCCUUCUAAAAUAUAUUAUCAUUUAUGAG